CACCCAUUUCGCAGCCUGGUCUCGCGCCGGUUCCUAUUGUCUCGGGAGCGCGCACCGGGAGGCAGGCGGCAGCUCGGAGGAGACCGCGGGGACGCGCACUGCAGAUAAUCUCCUUACUCUGUGCAUGUAAUAACCGGAAAUAUACACAGAGAGGGGACACACAACUAUGCACAUAGGUGAAGUGACGGAUGAGACCGUUGUGUUACUCUGCGGGAUCAACAGAGUAAAGCAGGAAUAAUUCAACAGGGACGCACUCACUCCAGCACUUUCCUUUACCACCCCACUCUGUCGCAAUCAUGGAGUUUGACUUUGAUGUUCACAAAAUCUUCUUGGAGCCAAUCACAAAGCUGGACUGCACUCUCAACCCAUCACGGAGACCUCUGAUCUCUAGCGGAGAGGCCCAGAAACAAAUUGUUACUGUUAUAGAUGAGAUUGGAAAAUUGUCAGCCAAGGCCCAGCGUUUACCUGCUCCUAUAACCAGUGCCUCUCGUAUGCAGUCAAACAAGCAUCACCUGUACAUUCUCAAGGACUGCACCCCCAAAACAGCGGGCCGCGGUGCUGUGAUCGGAUUUCUGAAGGUUGGAUCCAAAAAACUAUUUGUGCUGGACCACUCAGGAUCCCACAUAGAAGCAGAACCGUUAUGUAUUUUAGAUUUCUACAUUCACGAAUCUCUGCAGCGCAACGGAUUUGGCAAAGAACUGUUUACUUUCAUGCUAAGGGCAGAGCAGAUUGAGCCCCAGCACCUCGCCAUCGAUCGCCCUUCUGAUAAGUUCCUGUCCUUCUUGAGGAAACAUUAUAACCUUCGCUCCACAAUCCCUCAGGUUAAUAACUUUGUGGUGUUUGAAGGUUUCUUCAGAGAUCGAAAAGCUCUUAUGAGAAAAUUACCGCCAAAACGAGCAGAGGGAGACAUUAAACCGUACUCAUUGUCUGAGAGAGACUUCCUGAAGCAAGAAGAGGGACUUCCCUGGCCUUUCAACCAAUCACCAUCCUCCCUCAAUCGUGCGGGCAGCCUGGGCUCCUCUCCUACACGGCCAGGUUCUCGUCCGCCUCCCGGUGAAGAGGAUUUUGUCAAGUCCCUCCGAGCCUGUCGCCCUCAUUCCUUGCACAGAGCAGCCAACGGAGAACACGAAGACCCCUCCCAGAGGAGGAGGACCAGUUCUCUCACUCUCAGGGACUCCAAUCUAUCCCGUGGCCUGGUGGCACAGAAGAGCGGAUACAGUCGUCAUGCAACUCCUCCUCUCCUCACCAGGGGGCAGACUCCAGCUGAUAUUACAGAAAAUCAUACGGAAACUGAGAAAAGGUUCAACAGAGGGAUGGUCCCAGAACAUUCCCACCAUUUCUGCGGAAACUCUCAAAACAACCAACUGUCUCCAGAUUUUCCCAAGGUUACUCAAAAACCAAGCAGCUCUCCACCAAUGCAGAAGGCAUUGGGAACUUUCAACCAUCCCAUUCAUGAGCGACCAAGUGGACACCCUCACCCAGACGCCUCUAAAUAUCCUUGGGAUAAGGGCUCAUGGACUGUGUUGGGGCCAGUGCUAAAUGCACAGUGGGUUAAAAGGAAGCAGGAACUUCGGGGAACACGUCCUUGGUAAGGGGGAGGCUGU